UCCCCCUUGAGUCAGAGGCGCGCGGCGGGCGGGCUGCCUGGGAAGCGAGCGCAACAAACAGAACCCCGGAGAAGCAGGCAGGCAAGCAAGCGGGCGCGCUGAUUGGCGGCCGGGGACAAAGUCGCGGAAUCUUGGGAGCCCGAACGUUCGGAAGAGAGAAAGAGAGAGCAAGAGAGUGGGCGCUUUCUCGUUGGGAGGCAGUAUCGGCCGCACCGAGCCCAACGCGCCGCUGCCUUCUUCUUCUUCUUCGGCGGAGGAGGAGGAGACGGAGGUCGGAGGCUUUCGGGGAGCGGCGAGGAGGAGGAGGAGGACGGCGGCGGCGAGUUGGCGGCGUGGGGGGAGGAGGAGGAGGAGGACGACUCGGGGAGGGGGGGACCGACGCCCGGGAAAAUGAAUCGGAGCUUUAACAAGUCCCAGAGUCUGCGGAGUUUGGGCCACGAGCCGGUGGAAGUCAAAAGCAAGUUUGGUGCUGAAUUUCGAAGAUUUUCCCUGGAUCGCUACAAACCAGGAAAGUUUGAAGACUUCUACAAACUUAUUCUUCACAUACAUCAUAUAUCCAACAUGGAAGUAAUGAUUGGAUAUGCAGAUAUACACGGGGAUCUACUUCCUAUUAACAAUGACGACAACUUCUUUAAGGCCGUUUCAAGUGCAAACCCACUGCUUAGAAUUUUUAUACAACCGCAAGAUGAAGCCGAUUAUGGUAACUUUGGUUCAAACACUUUAACCAGAAAAAAGAAGGCACUGGUGACCCUCCGGAAUGACAAUCUUCGCAAGCGUCCCCAUGUUAACAUUAGCAUGCCUCAAGACUUUAGACCAGUUUCAUCCAUCAUCGAUGUGGACAUUCUGCCAGAAACGCACAGGAGAGUAAGACUGUAUCGACAUGGCUGUGAGAAACCAUUAGGAUUUUACAUUCGGGAUGGGACAAGUGUAAGAGUAACUCCUCAUGGGUUGGAAAAGGUACCUGGCAUUUUCAUCUCGCGGAUGGUUCCUGGUGGUUUAGCUGAGAGUACAGGUUUACUUGCUGUCAAUGACGAGGUCCUGGAAGUAAAUGGCAUAGAAGUUGCAGGAAAAACUCUAGACCAAGUAACGGACAUGAUGAUUGCCAACAGCCAUAAUCUUAUCAUCACUGUCAAACCAGCAAAUCAAAGGAACAAUAUCAUCAGAAGCAGCCGGAUGUCUGGGAGCUCUGGCCAAUCGACGGAUAGUACCACAAGUCACCACAGUUUGCCUUCCACUCACGUCUUGCAAAACUUCCACCCGGAUGAAAUGGAGAGCGAUGAGGAUGCUGACAUUGUCAUUGAGGGCUGUCUGGAGCCUCAGCCCAUUCCAAAAUCACAUAGCCUUCCUUCCGGUAGCCUUUCCCGACUUAACGGCAAUAGUCUUAGCCCCAAAGUACAGAGGGACCUGGUAAUCAACAACAGUUUGGGACGGGAAAGCAAUGGAAAUAUUCACAAAAUUUUAAGUUCCUUAAAAUCUGAUCCUCGCCAUAGCUUGGUUCUUCCCAAAGGAGGCAUUGAAGAGGAUGGAACGGUGAUCACACUUUAAUGGUUUUCCCAAGUGUGUGUGUUUCUAGUCUGAAGUGCCAACUGGAACAAAUCUAGCCACACACUGAAGAAAGACAGGACCUUUAUUCUCAAGGACCUAUUGGUGUGUGAGAUGAGCUGAGCUUUCCAGAAAGGAUGGUGUUUGCAGUUAGACAUCAAAGGGUCACCUACUGCAACCCAAGAGAAAAUGUAAAUAUGAUUUUUGGACCCAGAAUAAGGGAUGGAAUAAUCAUCUUUUUUUAAAACAACUCCUAUGAAAUCCCUCUGGAUAGGUUGCUGAAAAUGCUGUCUAUUGAAUUACGUAUCUGCUGCAUUUAUGAAGGUGCCCUGCCACCAUACAUGGAAAUGGGUGUAUAUUUGGGUGAUAAAUAACUAAACACAGUGAACUUGCAAUAAGCAUUAAUAAAUUAAUAUGGGGGGGGUGGGUGGGGAUUAUACGAAAAUGUUUUAAGUUUUGAAAGUUGAUUUGUUUUGCCCAUGCCUGUCUUAGACACAUGUUAUGACUCUUCUAAGACAUUAUAAGAAUUCCAUCUAAUUUGUCUUGCUGUUUAAAAUUAACUUGAACCCAUGGAGUCUUUAAUCUCAAAAGCGGAUCCUUCUCUUUUGAUAUAUAUUGUUUGACUUUUUGAUCUACUUUGUUAAAACUUUGGCCCUGGACUCUACAAUUCAGCAAUAUAUUAGAUGUUUUGAAUAAGAUUUAUUUUAAAUUAUCAUUAUUGUAGUUCUCUAUAAGUUAUGCCAGUAAAACUAUUCCAAAAGGAGGGGAGUUUGCUCCCAGCUCCGUGUUUCUGUUUGGUAAAAUGCCACAAGUUGUUAAAAUGGUUUAAUAGAAAAAAAAGAAUAUAUUCAUUAAAUAUUUAGGAAGUUUUUUUAUUGUUUUACAAUGUAUUUUUCUACUUUUAGCUGUCAUUAUUGUUUUUUUACUGUGUAGUGCUGUGUAUUAAAGUGUUUCUAAAGGAAUGUGCUUUCUCUAAUUUAUAGUCCCAAUCCCUUAUACCCCAUUUCUUUGUACUAUGCAGGGUUUAAACCCUUGAAGGGUUGAUAAGGCUUUUUAUUCUUGUACUUGAAAUAAAACUGUAGAAAUGUU